AUGAAGACAUCUUAUUCUGCUGGAGCUCAUUUACAGGCUGAUAAAUCUCCGGUCCAGAUAAGAAGCAGUGCUCAGCCUGGAGCCAAUGUUGUUGAAGUGAAAGCUGAAACAAGUGCAAGUGUAAAUGCUCCUGUACUCGCUGGAAGCACCUUUACUGGACCAGUACACUUCAUCUACAGCUCACAUGCUGCAGGAAACGAUAAACACAAAUCCUCAGAGACAGCAGAGAAUAACAGAGAAAAACAAGGCUCAGCUGCAGAGGACAGUAAAGCUACUCAUAAUGAUUACACAAAGAUCUUGAAGGACAAGUUAAAACAGCACUGUGAGCGAAUAUUGGUUGGUAAUUCACAGACGGGUCAUAAUAAAUACCUGGAUGAUAUUUACACUGAUUUAUAUGUGGUGGAGAAUCAGACUGGAGGAAGAACGAAUGAACACGAGGUGAGACAGAUCGAAUCAAAUCACAACCGACUGACUGCCAAAGACACGCCGAUCCAGUGUAAUGACAUGUUCAAAUACCAUAUGGGUCGACAAAACAGAAAAGUGCUGACAGUGGGGAUUGCAGGUGGGAAAACUGUCUCUGUCAAUAAAUUCAUCCUUGACUGGGCUAAAGGAAAAGAAAAUCAAGAUAUAGUCUUCAUUUUUCCACUCCCAUUCCGUGAACUGAAUUUAAUUAGAAAGGAGUACAGUCUCAUGGGAUUGCUUAACAAAUGCUGCUUUAGUGGCCUUAAAGAGCUGACAUCUCUUCCUGAAGAUGGCAAUAAGGUCAUGUUCAUCUUUGAUGGGCUGGAUGAAUGUCGCUUCACUUUGAGCUUUGAAGAGGGUGACAGCUUUACAGAUGUUAAUAAGAAAACCACAGUGAGUAAUAUAGUUACAACCCUAAUCAAGAAUCAUCUGGUUCCCUCUGCUCUCAUCUGGAUCACAUCCAGACCAGCAGCAGCCAGUCUGAUACCCCGAGAAUACAUUGAUCAGGUGACAGAGGUACGAGGAUUCAGUGAUGAGCAGAAAGAGAAGUACUUCAUCAAAAACAGCAGUCCUGAGGUUGCUGAAAACAUCAUCCGUCACAUCAGAAAAUUCAGAAGUCUGUACAUCAUGUGUCACAUCCCGGUCUUCUGCUGGAUCUCUCUCACUGUUCUUCAGCCUCUGCUGGUUCGAGAGAGCAAUGACAAAACACCCACAACCCUCACAGGGAUGUACACAAACUUUUUACUUUCUCAGAAGCAACAGAUGAAAACAAAAUAUUGCAAGGAUCCUAAAACUAAGGCUGAAGUCAUGUCUUUUGAUGAGAUUAUUCUGAAGCUUGGGAAACUGGCCUUUAAACAACUACAGAAAGGUAAUCUGAUUUUCUACAAAGAAGAUCUUGAGGAGUGUGGACUAGAUGUCAAUGAAGGGUCUGUGUACUCUGGGUUAUGCACCCGGAUGUUUCAGGAGGAAAAAUCUAUAUCAGAGAGAAACGUUUACAGCUUCAUACAUCUCAGCAUCCAGGAAUUACUUGCUGCUCUCUAUGUGUUUUUUAUUAACAAAAACAAGAAAGCAAACCCAUUUCUUAAAUCCUGGAAAAAACUGACAUGUAUCCUGUCCAAAAAGCCACUGUUUGAACUUCAUAAAGCUGCAGUCAAGAAGGCUUUACAAAGUGAGAAUGGACACCUGGACCUCUUCCUCCGAUUCCUCCUGGGUCUUUCACUGGAGUCCAAUCAGAGAGACCUGAAAGAACUACUGCCAGCACUGGAGCUCAAAACAGAGAACAUCAAAGACACUGCUGACUAUAUCAAAAAGAAAAUAGAGAUCGAGGAAUCAACAGAGAGGACCAUCAAUCUCUUCUUCUGUCUAAUUGAACUGAAAGAUGACUUUGUGGAGGAAAUCCAGAAGAAUCUGAGCUCUGGAAAACUUUCAGAGCAGAAUCUCUCCUCUGCUCAGUGGUCAGCUCUGGUGUUUAUGCUCCUCAUGUCAGAAGAGACUCAGGAGAAAUUUGAACUGCAGAAAUACAAAAGACCUGAUGAAGCACUGAUGAGACUGCUGCCAGUCAUCAAAAAGACCAGAAGAGCACUGCUACAGUGCUGUAAUCUCACUGCUCAGUCUUGUGAGAGUUUGUCUUCAGCUCUACAGUCAUCAAACUCCUUUCUGAGAGAGCUGGACCUGAGCAACAAUGACCUGCAGGAUUCAGGAGUGAAUCUUCUUUCUGAUGGACUGAAGAGUCCAAACUGUCAGCUGGAGAUACUGAGGUUGUCUGGCUGUAUGGUGACAGAGGAGGGAUGUUGUUAUGUGUCUUCAGCUCUGACUUUAAACCCCUCACACUUGAGAGAGCUGGAUCUAAGCUAUAAUCACCCUGGAGAUUCAGGAGUCAAGCUACUCUCUGAAAAACUGGAGGAUCCAAACUGCUCACUGGAUAAAUUCAAUGUGGAUCAUGGAGGAGAAUCCAGGAUUACAGCAGGAAUAAAGAAAUGUACGUCUACACACACUCACACACACCUACACACACAAUUGUUUUUAUGCAUUGUGGGGGUCACCUGUCAGAAUUGCUACAUAAUGGGAACCACCCUUUCAUAUGAUCCUACAGAACUAAAAAAAAAAUAAUGUGACAAAAACUAAAAAGCCUGUUUCCCUCGCUUCAGAUUGCAAAUAUUUCACUACAAAAGUUAUAAACCUGACGCAGUGGUUACUUGUGGGGACAUUUCAGGUAUUGUGUAUAUCUGGGGUCUGCCAAACACACAACCAGUUUUUGGUCAUUGUAGGGAUUGAACUCACACUCAUUUAAACUGACUUCAACACAUUUUUAAAGCAGUUUGUAAAAAGACAAUCUACUUUU